AUGUGGGACAUGAUGCUGGUGGGCGGGGGACCGUACGGGCGUCGACACAAGGGAGGAGGACACGGGGGCAGCAAGAGGCAUGAUCUGCGGUGCCAGGCCGUGAGCGACGAGGGGAUCGACUGCGCAAAGAGCGUCAAGGACGGGGACCCGGAGCGGUUCAGGUACUGCGGCGACCACGGGCCGUCAGGAGGCAGCAGGGGUUACUGCCGGCAGCACUGCUGGUGCGACAGGGCGCGGCUGGUGGAGGAGGGGUCGCUGUUCUGCGAGGCGCACACGUGCGAGGCGGCGACGUGCAGGGCCGAGGUGGCGGGGCGGGGCGAGCGGGGCGAGCGGGGCGAGGCGGGCGGCAGCUGCGACGACCACCGGCGGUGCGGCAGGGACGGGUGCGAGGGGCGGUGCCACCGGCGGGACACGGGGGCGGCGGCCAGGUGGUGCGGGCUGCACUACUGCCACGAGCCGACGUGCCAGGGCGAGCGGGCGGCGGGCAGCAGGCAGCACUGCCGCGACCACACGUGCCUGGAGCCGCUGUGCGGCAGCGGCAGGCUCGACAUGGGCGCGGGGCGCUACUGCGCCGACCACCAGUGCAGGACGGGGGGGUGCCUGGAGCGGCGCGACCAGACCACGCCCGCCGCCGACCACUGCGCCGUGCACUCCUGCCGCGUGCGCCACUGCGCGAGGCCCGCCGCCGCCGGCUCCGACAGGUGUGAGGACCACGGCUACUGCCGCGAGCAGGGCUGCAGGGAGUACGUGCUGGUCGAGAGGGGGCCGCAGGGCGACACCAUCAGGCACGCCACCUGCGACCAGCACCACAAGCCGCUGUGCCCCGCCAGCCGCUGCGCCAACCGCCUCGACAACAACAACAGCAGGGGCCAGGCCUACUGCCCCCUCCACUCGUGCGAGCUGGCCAGCUGCCGCAACCAGCGCGGCCUCGCCUCCCUGCAGUACUGCGACGCCCACAAGUGCGCCGUCGUGCCCUGCCAGCAGCUGCGCAGGAACCCCGUCCCCGCCAUGGCCGACGCCGACGCCCCCCUGCGCGCCAGCCUGCUGCUCGCCGCCGCCGCCGCCGCCGCCCCCGCCUUGCUCACCUCCUCCUCCAGCUACUGCGCCGCCCACGCCUGCUCCGCCCCCGCCGGCUGUGCCGACCGCGUCGCCGACCUGCCCACGAGCUCCUUCUGCCCCCGCCACGAGUGCUGCCGCCGCGCCUGCGACCGCGAGGCCACCCGCCACCCCCGUGCCAGCACCAGCACCUCCCGCGCCGGCUACUGUGACCGUCACUACCGGGGGCGAGUGCCCAUGGCAAUGGGAAUGGGGAUGCCCAUGGGGAUGCCCAUGGCAAUGCCCAUGGGAUAUCCCCCGUACCUCGGACGUCAAGGCCGCUAUGGCAGCGACUCGGGCAGCGAUUCCGAUUCCGCCAUGGGGCCAGCGGGUCUGCCUUUCGGGGGGCUGCCAUUCUGACAGCUUCACUAAAGCCGCAGCCUUGACCCCAGGGCUGCCGAAAUCUCAUCCUCGUCCGUCUUGCCCGGCUUCUUCGUCCCUGUCGCAGAAGCCUUUCCAGCACCAGCGGCGCGUUCGGCCUCUUCUCUCAGGGCCCUCUGAGCCUUGCGCCGUUCCUGGCCCUCUCUUCUGCGCGACUCGAGUCUGUCCAUGUGCUGCAUCAUACCCUGCCUCUCUUCUGGGCUCAUCUUCGGUGCUUGUACAUGAGGCCAGACCUCAGUGGUAGAGCACGCCUCAGAGUCAAAUAUGUCUUGAUAUUGACCUUGCAGGCACCGCACGAUCCACUCUGCAAUCGGUGGGGCAACACUAUUGCCGAUCUGUCGCCGUGCUUGAUAUCCGCUUUCCGAGAGCACGACGUCUUCCGGCACGCCCUGGAUCCUGAGCCCCUCGCCGAGGCUCAGCCGACGGAUGAGUUCCCUGCCACCUGUGUGGGGGACCUGAUACCAGUUGUGCAUCUUGGUGGUGAUGGCCCCAGCUAGUCCCGUGUGAUGGUAUACUAUGUCAUUAGAUAUAUAACGGGCCAGCCCUUCCGCUCCUAGAUCGCCAAGUCUCCGAAGACCCUUUGCUCUCCCGGGUGUGCUUGGGUCCGAGACAAACUUGGUCUCUUUCCCAUUCAUGGUCUUUGGUAUCCACACUCCCUUUGGAUGCUCGGGUAUAUAAGGAUUUACAAUGACACCAUUGUGAAGUUUGUGGUGACCCCGGCCCCAGACCCGCUUCGGAGGGUCCAGAAACUCCGUCAGGGCCGGAGGACCUCGACCGCGGCUGGGCGCUUGUUCGACUGUCAUGAUGCGUGUCAGUCACUGCGGGGUGCCAUGCGAACAAGGUGACCUGUCUGCGUUAUCGCAGGUCUCGCCUCAGCUGGCCCAGACAGCAAUUGGGGGACCAACACCAUUCUGACCAAAACAAGAUGAAAAUGAAGAUGGCGUGCGGGGCGGGCUCACAUCUGAAGGGUCUUGUGGCAAGGUCCUUGCGCACUGCCACUAUGAACAGGCGCUCCCUGUUUUGUGGCAAGCCGAAAUCUACCGUAUUGUAGACAUUAUGGGACACAUGAUACCCAAGCUCUUCAAAUUCCUCUUGCACCACCUCCAUCGCCCCAAAGUCCUUGUUCUCGGCGAACGGCUUCACGUUCUCAAGGACCACAAUAGGGUUUCGCAGGUAGAUGAGCAGCUUCAGAAUCCCGUACAGGUGGUGGCCAUUCUUUUCGCAGUCCAGACCUCUUCUUUUUCCAAGGUUGCUGAAAGGCUGGCAGGGGAAACCUGCAAAGAGCACAGUAGCCCUCGGGGGUGGCGGCGAUAAGGGACCCCCGGUGCAUGUGGCCUGCUCGACGACCUGCCUGACCAUGUCCUCGACAACCUGCUCAAAUCUGCGCCGGUCGACUUUUGAGACCCCCGGAGCGCGUCCGCAGUGGUUCAUCUCGUAAGUUUCGACGUUGGAGCAGUUAUUCUCAUUGGCGUAUACGCACGUGAGUUGACGCCUCCGCGCCCCGACGCCAAAACCCCCGAUGCCCCCAAAAAGUUCCAUAUAUGUCGGCCCCUUGAUGGCACUGGUCUUGGCUGAGGACGAGAAGCGACACCUGGAAGGGAUGCCGUGGUAGGCUCCGUUUGUGGCGCUUUUGGUUGCGGGGGAGGAACGUAUGAGUGAGGUCCAUCGGCUCCCAAAGCCCCAUCUAGAUGCGUGCUGGGACCGCCCUUCACUCUCUAGGCAUGGCGGUCGGGGCGUGCCAGAGGAGCAAUGGCUUGAAAAAUGACGACGAAGCCUGCAGGAUCCCGAACGUGACGACGCAGGGCUCGGGGGAUAGGCUCCAUGUCUUUUGGUUGUUGUGAGGACCACCGGCUGCCGAUGGACCGUAACGCGCCCACCGCAGCGAGACCAGCUCAUUGCCCCCGCGCGCCUGGCAUGUGUCUCCUGGAAACAGUUGCAUGAAGCGCUCAAAGCACUUGUGAUGGACGUUAUGGGCCGCGAAUAUGUGACGGGGGUGAUGAGAACGUUAACAUCAUGGUGUAUCUGCAAGACAUCAAUCUAGUGAUGAACGAGCUCGUGGCGUCACGUACCUAAUGUUUACUCAGACAAGUGGGGCGUCAUCAUGCAGCAGCACAUGUGCAGCUAAACCGUUCUGGGCGUCCUCAUCUUGGCCGGGGGAAGGGAGGGGAUUGCACUGAG